GUACCACUCAGAGUCUGUAUCUAUCAUAAGCCUCAACUGCAGUUUAGUUUGGAAACUGAUAUAAUGUGUUCAAGCCGAGAUGGCCCUAUUCCAGGACAGUCCUCUAGCGUUUCUUCUCAGCACAGCUGUUCUUCUGAUCACAACCAGUUCAUUUUUGGCCCUCAGCAUCUCCUUGCACUCCGCAUACCUCUGGUUGGCUGUAGUCUUCGUGGCCCUAAUCUUCCUGGCAACCUUCACCUGCACCUACAGCCUUCCUGGGUACUUCAUACAAGAAGCUCCUCAGGACGCUAAUGCUACACCAUCUGUUAUCGACAGUACAGCUGACCUUUCUAGACAGAACGAGGGCAACAACGCAUAUUGGAUAGCAGUGGAUCUGCCUCCGUCAUACGAAGUGGCAGUCGGGGCGUUGCCUCCCUCAUACUCCAAGGCAACAAGUGCCAUGGUGAAAUUAGAUCUGAAGGAAGCACCAGUGUACAGUGAAGCAGAGUUUUACACUGAAGCAGUUACCACCAACUGAUGUAGACAUUACUGUUGGCUUUUCAUUGAGAGGUCAACAGCUUGUAACUAAAUGCUUUUAAGUUAACAACCACCUAGUCCAAAGAGAUCUAUGUCCCAUGGAUAUUAAGGCAUUUUAGAGUUCCCAACUUUUAAAGGGUUGAAAAAAUAGACAUAUCACAAUAUAUUUAUCCAAGUCUUGACCAUGAAAGAGGAACAGCUUCAUUCAAUAUGCUGUACAUACUAAAGUACUUAAUACUGAAAUUGGGUAUAUUUAAAUAUAAAUUGCAUAAAAUGGUAUUAGACAAUAGUUUUGAUAGAUUGAAAACUCUCAUAUUUACAAAGUUGCAAUUAAUUGUAUCUUAGGUUAUAUGUUAGACUACUAGUUUGUUUAUAACGAAGAUGCAUUAUACUAUCUGGUGAACUACAUAUUGACUACUAUAGUCUGAUAUCCUCGAACCAUAGUAUUGACAAAUUCUCUCCUCACUCUUAACAUAACCUAUUAUGGCAAUGAUGUUAACUUGGAUAAAUGAGUUAAACACAUUUGAUUGAGCCAGAAAAGUUAGUUACAAUCCAUCCUGUAGCAUGAUUCACUAUGUUAUGAUGCAUGUAUAUUAUACAAUACCAUACAAAAUCUGUAUAAAUACAUUUAGGCUACAUACACUUUAUAUUCUUAUUAGAUUUUAAAAACUCUUUCUAUAUUCAUGAAACUGAAUACACAGUGGUAUAUACCUUGCGGACUUAUGUUCUGUUCUCUGUAUUAACUGAAUUUCGAUCAUCCAGUUUCCUGAAUCAGUAAAUGGCUCCCCAGCCCAGAUUGAUGAUCAGACGAUGUAGGGUUAAGAUGUUUUUAUACUUCAGCCACAAUGAUUUUACAUCAGCCUUCCCAUUGAUCACAUAUUUUUUCUAUAUAAGGUACAUACAUACAACAGGUUUGAUACUUUUAUUGAUAUUUGUCUGGAACUUUUUUUAAAUCUUUUCACAUUAGAUAGCAUAGUACGGUAUUGUUUUGCCAAGGAAUACUAGUCCUCACAAGGAUCUACAGGAUCAAUCAAAUGUAUCGAUUUGUACUGAGAAAAAUUAGGUCAAUAGGCUACCCAGUGACGCACCCAGAAAUCUUCUUUGGGGGUGUCUGGAACACCUGGAGUGUGGAAAUGGGGUAUGGAAACACCCUUAGAUCAGUAGGGGGGAGGCAGAGGACUCCCCCUGGGAAAUAUUUCAAAUAUUAGUCCGAAAAUGGUUAUUUUAUUGUACUUUUGAACUAAUAAAAGGAGGGAAAAGUGGAGGGUCAGAGUAUGUAAAGUUAACAUCAAAAUCACUAUACAACCAAUCACCAGCAAUCUUAUAUACUGAAUAAUUAAAAUCUUCUGCAACAAAUACAGUUUAUAUGAAGUUUAUUUACAUAAAACAAAAUUGAAUCAUAAAAUUAACAGAAUAUUGAACAAAAUAGAUAAGUUUAUAUCACAAAUCAAUAUCAAUGUUAAUCAUGAUGUCUACUCUCGGAUCAAAAAGUAGGUAUAGAUAUCUGAAAGUUGACCACAACUAUAUAACAGAGAAUAAUAGCAGCUAUAUUAAAAUGUAGCUUGUUUAUUUCAGCAUCUCUGCAUAUAAAACUGUUUACUAACUAUAAUUUCAAGUUUUUAGAUCGAUGAAAACCAUAAAAAAUACCCGUUUUGGCGCUUUUCAACCAAACUGCAACUUUGAAAAUUCAUAGCUCCGAAACUUGUGAUUCGAUAGAGACAAGAUAUCACAUUGUUAAGAUACACUAACAUCAUAUGUGGAAGUGAACUGUAAUUGAGUAUGUAAUUUUAGAACUUUGGAAUUGUAUAGAAAUAAAGUUGUUAUAAAAUUAACA